GUCUCAGGUGAAGCCACAAGUGAUUGUCAGACAAAGGUUGUCAGCGUAGACUGCAGGGACCUGCGAGAGGGGUGUCAAAAUAUAAAAAGGGGGAUCUUUUAAUGAUAUGUAUUCAAUGGACAUAAGCAGAUAUAUGACAGUACGUUGAAAGGGUUCCGAAUUCCAUCUAUCGCAAGAGGAGUCUGAAUGGAGUUGUGUGGCCCCAGUAUGAAGGACAACGGAGGUUCUCUGUGCCAGACAGAGCAGCUACCCUACCCCUGUGUCCCCCUGCCUGACCCAGGCAGUGCUGGGUGCCGUAUACAGGCUAAUAGACACCUUCACAACCACCACCUCAACCAUCAGCUCCAGUCCUGGGUGAGCCGACCAGCCCCAGACCUAACCUCAACCCCAACUCCAGCCUCCCGACACAGGGCCAAUGGGGUGGUGGGUGCCUGGUGCAGCAGCCCAGAGUGUCCAGCCUCCCGCCUGGAUGAAGUGACUGAUCAGGCCUUGAGAGGGUCAGGGAUGGGGACAGGCAGGGUGCUGGUGACCGGGGGAGCAGGAUAUUUUGGGUUGAGGCUGGGGAGAGCUCUGGUCAGCCAGGGAGUGUCUGUGGUGCUGCUGGAUCUUCACAAGCCACAGUGGGAUACUCCAGACGGUACUGUCUUCCAUCAGAGCGACAUCCGGGACUAUGAUUCUCUGUAUAAGAUCUGUGAGGGGGUCGACUGUAUAUUCCACACCGCUUCCUAUGGGAUGUCAGGCCCAGAACAGCUGAGGAAAGAGCAGGUGGAGUCGGUCAACGUCGGAGGGACGAACAACGUCAUUAAUGUGUGUGUGGAGAAGGGCAUCACCAGGCUGGUCUACACCAGUACGAUCAAUGUGACGUUUGCUGGCAAACCCAUAGAGGAGGGCGAUGAGGACUCAUUGCCCUGUGUGCCCCUGGACAUGCACAUAGACCACUACUCCAGGACCAAAUCUAUCUCUGACCAGAUGGUCCUAACAGCCAAUGGACGCUCACUCAAAGGUGGGGGUCUGUUGCGGACCUGUGUCCUGAGACCCUCAGGCAUCUAUGGGCCAGAAGAGAGACGACACCUACACAGGGUUAUGGUGAAUGUGGAGCGCCGGUUGUUCAGUUUUAGCUUUGGAAACCGCCAGGCCAAGAUGAACUGGGUCCAUGUGGACAACCUGGUGUUGGCCCACGUCCUGGCUGCUGAAAGCCUCACACCCAAGAGGAACUGUGUGGCUAGUGGACAGGCCUACUUCAUCAACGACGGGGAAUCUGUCAACCUGUUUGAAUGGUUAACACCACUGUUUGAGAAGCUGGGGUACAGCCGACCGUUGAUACACUUGCCUGUCUCACUGGUCUAUUCAGCAGCCAUUCUGAUGGAAUGUUUACACCUGGCUCUGAGGCCAAUAGUGGAGAUCCCUCUGCUCUUCACCAGAAAUGAGGUGAGGAACAUUGCAGUGAGCCACACCUUCAAGAUCGAGAAGGCCCGUCGAGAUCUGGGCUACUGCCCCAGACGCUACAGCCUGGGGGACUCAGUGGACCAGUACAUACGGUCCCGACCAUCCCGCUCCAGGCCCUCCCCCCUAGGCCCCUCUCGGACUGUUCCCCUGCUCCUGGUCCUCCUGCUGGUGUUGGGGUUCAGCCUGGCUGUCCUCCUGCUUUGCUCCUGGCUCUGGGAACACUAGGUAGCUACUGUGGCUAAAACUUAAGUAACAGCCCACUAAGACCCAACCUAAAUCUUAACUCAGCUAAUACACUCACUAAUAAGUUUUAUUUGUUAGCCGCCUUUCUGGACACCUAUGGUCUUGGCCUUACGUCAAGCUAAAAGCAAUGAUAGAAAGCAUGCAUAGUGUACAUCUAGAUACACAUAGAAGACCACAUGAAUAUACCACAUACUGUUGACCUAAUGCUAGCAACUCCGCCCUUCUAUAAUGUUUACCAUGUUAUCGUACAGUUGACUAAGGCUGUAGAUGGAUGAUGAUCAAAUGUGUAGUAUGUAGAAUAUUUGAAAUAAUAUGGCGCUUUGUUCAAACCCUAUUGCCUUUCAUAGGGUGGAGUGUAUCAUAUAUUUGGGUUUAUUUUCUUGAGAAAGAAGUUCUUAUAUUGAACCAGAGAAUCAUAAUGUGAAUACAGUACAGGGCUUUAAUAUGGUCAUAAACCUAUUGACCAUUCCUUAAACGUAUUUUGAUUCUAUAGCAGUUUUGUGUAGGUGCGUGUAGGUGUCAGUCUAUAUGCAAGUACGUCAUACCAGACUUGCAAAGUAUUAGGUAUGACUAUGACUUUGGUAUGACUUUCUGUGAAAUUAGAAAUUAAACAUUUUAUUGGACUGAAGUGAAAACUGAAGUUUUAGUAAAAAGGAUUCCUCUUUGCAUUGAU